CCCCCCCCCCCCCCCUCCCCGCAUCAGUCUUUCUCAACUCCUUUUCGAGCCAAGAAGUCAUUUUAACAGAAGUCCGGGGAGAACGGCCAGACUGUGGAUCGAGGGCCUCAGAACUUCAACCAGGUCCGAGCUGAAAGGGAAGAGUAACCCAUGGAGCUGCGCAUAGGAAGAAUGGAUUUCCUCCUUGUCCUGGCUGGGAUUGUCCUCAUCACUCACCCCAUUGAGGCUCAGAAUUGUACAGCAGAAGGCCUUCAGUUCCAGGAUCUGCCCCAGCAUAACUUCAGCAGGCUGGAUGGUGAUGCUGGUUCACUCGAGCCCUUGUACAACAUGGUCAACCUGUACCUGGAUGCUGUGCAGCCCAAUGACUUCCCAACAGAUAUUAUUCAGAACGCAUUGAACAAUCCCAACUACAUCAAUGAGAAUGUCCAGGAGGUUGUGCGCUAUCAGGCGGGGUACCUGGUCAGCUUCAUCAUCGGUGUGCUGUUCUUCAUCUUCAUGCCCCUGGUGGGCUUCAUCUUCUGCUGUUGCCGCUGCUGCGGGAAAUGUGGAGGGGAGGUGAAGGAGCGGAGAAAGUCAACAGAUUGUCACCGUAACACCCUGGCCAUCUUCCUGCUCAUGACCACCAUCAUCAUACUGGCUGGAGUUGCCUGUGCGUUUACGGCCAACCAAAGGGUGACGGGGGCCAUGGAGCCAAGCCUCGCUGCCUUCAGGGAGAUGCUCGCCGAUGUCAACGCUUAUAUCACCAACAUCCUUGGGGCCAAGACCAAACUUCUUGCACAGUUUUCAGUGCCAAAAGUCAAAGUGUUCUCAGAUCUUGACCGUGUAAGCGGGACCCUUGGUUUCACGGUCAUGGAUGCCCUGGGGCCGAUAGUUAGCCCCGUGCUGGCCAUGGUGUCUGCACGGAUCGCAGACGUCGAAACCGUGAAGGCCCACCUGAUGAACAUCAGUGCUGCCAAUGUCUCUCUGGCUCAGGCACAGUCACAGCUGGCAGCUGAGCUGAGCACCGUAAAGGCCGAGAUCAUCUCCACGCUGAUUAACCCAAACUGUGUGGGCUGUGGCUCUGCUGUGGGACAAGCCAAUAACCUGCAGGCUGACUUCACCUUCAGCCUGACUCCAGAUGUCCAAGUGGCGUUCAACAAAGUCAUGAGUCUCUCCUCAGCCUCGCUGACCAACUCUGUGCAACAGGCCAAUCAAAACUUUAACGACAUUCCUGGGAGGGUGACCAGUCAAACCUCGCAGAUAUUCACAGAUCUCAAGCGAGUUAUAAAUGACAUUGAAAGAAACCUGAACUCCAACCUGAAGGUCCAAUUUCCAGAUACCCUUCAGAACGUGGACACCUUUGUUAACUCCCCAGAGAUAGCGGAAGUCUCCGCUCAGGUGAAGCAGUACGACUACUACAGGUGGGUCGUCAGCAUCGUCCUCUGUUGCAUCAUUCUCUUAAUCAUCGCAUGCAAUGCAAUGGGGCUGGGCCUGGGAACUGCAGGAAUCGCAACCAGGGAGGACGCCUACGGGAGCAAUGCAUGUUCACAGUCCGGAGCUAACUUCCUGAUGGCGGGCGUGGGAUUCAGCUUUAUCUUCUCCCCGCUGCUCAUUCUCCUGGUGUUUGUCACCUUCUACGUUGGAGGGAACGCUCGGACGUUGGGCUGUAAACCGUGGGAGAGCGGAGAAAUCUACCAGGUGAUUGAUGAGCUGGCUGGACAGAACCUCGUGUACGACCUCUCCAACUUCUUCAACUCGUCAGUCAGCUACUCCUCUCUCUACAGGCAUUGUGAAGAAGGCAAGUCACUGCUGCCCCUCCUACCAAACAGCCAGAUUGCUGACCUGGAGAAGUUUCUGGACGUGAACACCUAUUCUGGAGACAUUAUACAGAACAUAAACCAGCUGAAUGUGGAUUUAAGCAGUGUUGUGUUACUGGACAGCGCCUCCAGGAGAGAGCUGAUGGCCUUUGAAAGCAACAUCAUUGAAGUAGCCAGCUACACCAGUCUCAUUGGCACAGAAAAUCUUCAGAAUCUGACAGAUAAUCUCUUGAGUCUGGCUGUCGGCCUGGAUACUUUAGCACAAAACCCGAGCAACCUGGCAAUCGCAGCUGCCUUGACUGGACAUGCAGCGAGUCUGCGCCUAAUUAACGGAACAUCUCUGGAAGUAGUGCGGCAGAACUUGGCACGAUUGAACGGGACCUUCCAGGAUUUGGCAGCGUUUGCUCCCAUUGUCCAGAGUCGCAUCAACAACACCAUCCAGAACAUUGAUGUGGCCCAGGCUCAGAUCAUCCCCACCACCAGAAAUCUUAUUAAAAAUGUGAGUGAAUGCCUCACCACCAGGCAGUUGGAAUACUUCAGGCAGUAUCUGCAGUGGGUCCGAGCCAUGAUUAUGGACAACCUGUUCUCCUGCCAACCGGCGGUGAUCCUGAUCGACAACAUCCGCGUCAUCUCGUGCGACAACAUCAUUGAUCCCUGGAAUGCCUUCUGGUUCUGCCUGGGCUGGUGCACCCUGUUCCUCAUCCCCAGCAUCAUCUUCGCAGUGAAGACUGCCAAGCAGUACCGUACUAUCCAGAAUGAAAUCGGCAGCCCAGCGUUGUCGGAAAUGAUGCAGUUUAAAUUUCCUCGAGUUGAGAAUUCGCACGGGCUCACAUUGCCCAGUGGUGCGACUGCUCCUACACACUGACCGAUGGCCGGACGGUCACCAGUGAUUGUGCUUCGCCUAUACUCACUCCAUUGUCCAUCCACUCCAGUGGCCGGCUGCUUCUGUGUCCUGUACCCCACUAUGACAUGUGUUGGCACAUGCAGCCUCUCCAAGCCCAGGACACACACACACACACACACACACGUGUAGGUACAUGUGCCCCAAUACCGGCCUGCAACUUACAGACUUAAAGCACAGAAACAGGCCCUUCGGCCCGCCAAGUCCAUGCCAACCCAUUUGGUCCCAUCUAUCGGCAUUUGUCCCAUUGCUUAGCUUCGGUGAUUCAAAUGCUUGUCAAAUUGCUUCGUAAAUAACACAGGACCAGCUCACUCCCCUUGAUCAAUAUUUCCCUCUCUCUACCUCCUGCCUCUCCUGUUAAACCUACGCCCUCUUGCCCAUCAGACCCGACCAUUGCUAAAAGAUUCUUACCAUUACCAGCCUGCACCCCAGCGAUAUGAACAUUGACUUCUCUUACUUCAAAUAGCCCUUGCUUUCCCUCUCUCUCCAUCCCCUCCCCCGUUCCCAGUUCUCCCACUAGUCUUACUGUCUCCGACUACAUUCUAUCU